AUGGGAAUCCAGUAUGAACAUCUUGUCACUCCCCGCGUUCUCCGGAAACUCAGUAAAGGUUUCAACCCAGCUUCCCCUUUCAACAAACUCGUUUCACAAGGCACAGUAUUCAGGCCAGAGAGCAUAGACUUCAGUUUACCAGCCUUACAAGGCGCAGGAUUUGUGCUUUACACUCAAACGCUCCUCAAACUCAUCAUAUUUUCGCUUCCUGGUAUGGGAUAUUCCAGUCUGCCUACUAGCCGUGAACUCAUCCUCGAGCCAUUGAUCAGCUCGAAUAGAUAA